GGGGCGGGCCCGGAGCCCGGUGGGGGAGGAGCGGCGGCGGGGCUGCUGUGGCGACCGACGCGCGGCGGUGUCGGAGACCCACCCCCGUCCACAUGGACAGUCGCCGAGGCCUGGACUGAUGCUCUGACGCCUGGGCGGGGUGGGCGGGCGGCGGCGGCCACUGCUGGAGCAGCGAGGGGUCGCGGGCGCCUGACGGUCGCGGAGCUCUCGCUCGGCUCGGCGCUGCGGCCAUUUUACGGCCCGGGACGCAGGAGGCGUGUGAGCGUUCGCUUCGUUCUCCGUCCUCCGGGGCCAGCGGCGGAGCGGGGCGGAGCGGGGCGGAGCGGGGCGGAGCGGAGCGGAGCUUCUCGGAGGCCGGCGCGGGCGGUGGAUGGGGAGCCGUGUGCCGAGGGGAGCCGCGCCCGGGAAGCGCCGCCGCCGCCGCUCACGGUUCCCGGUAGGCGCCUGAGGAGGAGCAGCCCAGGCCGUGGGCCUCACCGCCUCCCGUCAGCCCCGCGACAGGCCCGCUUUUGUGUGGGGGUCCGGCCGGCGGGGAGCGCCCCUCGCGGACGGUCGCGCCCGAGGCCCGCCACCCUGCGGCUGCUACCCUCCCGACGCGCGGCCCCCAUUCCCCGCGAGCACCGCGGCGGUGCCGGCCAUGGAGUAAGAAGGAGGCGGCGUGGGAGGAGGAAGAUGGCGGCGGGCAAGAGCGGCGGCAGCGCUGGGGGUGUUUUCCUGAAAGCUUUGGCUAGAUCAGAAUCUAAGAGGGAUGGAGGCUUUAAAAAUAAUUGGAGCUUUGAUCAUGAAGAAGAAAGUGAAGGAGACACAGAGAAAGAUGGGGCAAAUCUACUCAGUGUAGAAGAUGAGGAUUCUGAAACCUCAAAAGGAAAAAAGUUAAAUCGGAGAUCUGAAAUUGUUGCUACUGGUUCUAGUGAUUUCAUCUUGAAGACUUAUGUAAGGCGGAAUAAGACGGACGGCUUUAAAGCUUUGAAAGGCAACGCAAUUGGACUUAACAUGUUAAGCAACAAUAAGAAAUUGAGUGAAAAUACACAAGCUACAGCAUUCUGUUCUGGAACUGUAGUUCAUGGUAGACGCUUCCAUCAUGCUCAUGUACAGAUGCCAGGCAUCAAAACAGCAGCUCAGAGCAAUCAGGACCGAAAAGAAAGGAAAGAAUACCCACCCCAUGUCCACAAAGCUGAAAACAGCCCUAUAAUGUUAAGUCCUGGCCAAGGUGGAGACCAUAUAAUAAAGAAAACUGAAGAGUUGGAAUCAUAUGUAGAGCCUGAAAUUAAGAGGAAAGUACAGCAGAAAAGGCACUGUAGCACUUACCAGCUUUCUCCUAUGUCCCCUGCCUCCAAGAAGUGUUUGACCCACUUAGAGGUUUCUGAGCAGCGUGAAUGUUGCCCAAAAUGUGGAAAAGAAAAAGAAAAUCAGACCAAAUGCCAAAGUUGUGGUAUUGUUUUUCAUAAUGAUUUGCAAAGAAAUUGCCGACAAGCCGUAACUUUGAAUGAAUCUGCUGGACCAUUGCUAAGAACAUCAAUUCAUCAGAACUCUGGAGGACAGAAAUCACAAAACACAGGAUUAACAGCUAAGAAAUUUUAUGGGAACAGUGUGGACAAGAUUCCAGUUGAUAUUUUGGUCACCUGUGAUGGUAGCAGACAUAAUUACAUACAGACUAAUGGGAAAGUCAUUUUACCUGGAGGAAAAAUCCCUAAACUCACAAACCCAAAAGAGCAAAAGACAAGCGUGUCAGAUUUAAACGAUCCGAUCAUUUUGUCCAGUGAUGAUGACGACGAUGACGACAGGACUAAGAGAAGAGAGAGCACAUCCCCGCAGCCUGCCGACUCAGCAUGCUCCUCCCCAGCACCGUCUACGGGAAAAGUCGAAGCAGCACUAAAUGCAAAUACCUGCAGAACAGAGCAGGAAUCUAGAAGCAAUCCAGCUGAGUCAGAGUUAAAUACCAUCGUCAUACCAAGAAAAGCAAGAAUGAAGGACCAGCUUGGUAAUUCCAUCAGCACACCUCUAAAACGUCGUAAAGUGAACACUCAUGGAACUUUAACUCACACUAUGUCUUUAAGCUGCCAAAACUUUGAAAGUGUCAUUUUAAACUGCCGAAGUAUACGAGUUGGAACACUCUUCCGACUGUUGGUAGAGCCUGUAAUUUUUUCUUUAGAGUCAAUCAAGAUACAUCUAGAUGGACCAGAAAGUGAUCCUAUAGAGAUUAUUUUAAAUACCUCUGAUCUAAUUAAAUGUGAAUGGUGUAAUGUCCGGAAAUUACCAGUAGUGUUUCUCCAGGCAAUACCAGCAGUAUAUCAGAAGCUGAGCAUGCAGCUACAGAUGUGUAAAGAAGAUAAAGUUUGGAAUGAUUGUAAAGGAAUAAACAGGAUAACAAGUUUAGAAGAACAGUACAUUAUUUUAAUUUUUCAAACUGGCCUUGAUCAUCAGGCAGAUGUGGUCUUUGAAAGUAUCAUUACUGACAUUGGUAUAAGGAAUAAUGUUUCCAACUUUUUUGCAAAAAUUCCUUUUGAAGAAGCCAAUAGCAGACUUGUUGCCUGUACAAGAAGCUAUGAAGAGAGCAUCAAAGGAAACUGUGCGCAAAAAGAGAACAAAGUGAAAACUGUGUCCUUUGAAUCUAAAAUACAACUUAGAAGCAAACAAGAAUUGCAGUUUUUUGAUGAUGAGGAAGAAGGCGGAGAGAGCCAUACGAUCUUCAUUGGCCCUGUAGAAAAGUUGAUAGUAUACCCCCCACCUCCAGCUAAGGGAGGCAUCUCUGUUACUAACGAGGACCUGCACUGUCUAAGCGAAGGAGAGUUUUUAAAUGAUGUCAUUAUCGACUUUUAUUUGAAAUACUUGGUGCUUGAAAAAUUGAAGAAAGAAGAAGCUGAUCGAAUUCAUAUAUUCAGUUCUUUUUUCUAUAAACGCCUUAAUCAGAGAGAGAGGAGAAAUUCUGAGACAACUAAUUUGUCGAUACAACAAAAACGGCAUGGGAGAGUAAAAACGUGGACCCGGCAUGUAGAUAUUUUUGAGAAGGAUUUUAUUUUUGUACCCCUUAAUGAAGCUGCACAUUGGUUUUUGGCUGUUGUUUGUUUCCCUGGUUUGGAAAAACCAAAAUAUGAACCUAAUCCUCAUUACCAUGAAAAUGCAGUCAUGCAAAAACCUUUAAGUGGAGAGGACAGUUCUGUUUCUUCUGCCAGUGAGAUGGACGCUUGUUCACAGAGCUCGGCUGCCAAGCCCGUGAUUAGGAAGAUGGUAAAUAGAAAGCAUUGCUUAGCUGUCCCUGACUCUAGUGCUGCCCAGGAAGAAAGGGAGCCUGGGUCCCGGAGAGGCGCGUACAGUGUGACAUGUACUGUGAAAAAUAAAAGUCAUGCUGUCAAUGAAAAUGAAGAACCAAGUAACGGAGAAUCUGCGUGCCAGGACAUCUCUGAUAGAACGCAAAGUGAGAACGGCCUCCAGGAUGCAUGCUUCAAUUCUGCACAUCAUCCCGAUGCCUUAAGCAAAAUCAGACUAAGCUAUGGGGAUCAGUCAGCGGACGGUGGGAAGCUGCUAGAGGAUGGGCUCAUCGACUUCUCGGAAGACCAGGACGACCCGGAUGAUAGCAGCGAUGACGGGCUCCUGGCCGAGGAGAACUACAGCUCAGAAAUAGGGCAGUGGCAUUUAAAGCCCACUGUCUGUAAACAACCUUGUAUCCUACUAAUGGACUCACUCAGAGGCCCUUCUCGGUCAAAUGUUGUCAAAAUUCUAAGAGAGUAUUUAGAAGUGGAAUGGGAGGUUAAAAAAGGAAGCAAAAGAAGUUUUUCCAAAGAUGUUAUGAAAGGGUCCAACCCAAAAGUCCCACAGCAGAACAACUUCAGUGACUGCGGUGUAUAUGUACUACAGUAUGUAGAGAGCUUUUUUGAGAAUCCAAUACUAAAUUUUGAGCUCCCUAUGAAUUUGGUGAACUGGUUUCCACCCCCUAGAAUGAAAACAAAAAGAGAAGAAAUCCGAAACAUAAUUUUGAAGCUGCAGGAGUCGCAAAGUAAAGAGAAGAGGCUGCUGAAGGACUCCUCAGCAGAGACGUCCGCAGGGGACGGAGCGGAGCAGUACGCCAGCAGUGUCUCAGAGUGAUGGAGGCUGGCCAAGGGCUCCCUUCCCCUGACAGCAUCCACUUCCGGAUGUGGACUGUAAAGAGCCGGAGUGCUCACUACUCAGAGACUUGGUGAUAACGCCUGUAAAAAUGUCAUAAGUGAUUUCCAAAGGAGUGUGUAUUAAGUAAAAGUUUGUAAAUAUGUUAAUGAGGCCAACUUUUCCAACAUUUAUAAUUAUUUUUUUCACUUUUAGGAAGCCUUUGUUAUGUAUUUUCUGUUAAUAGUACUAAAACUGCAACUUCUAAACACAAAUAAAUAAAAUAUUUAUAGGAGGAAAUGAUUAAUUUGAUAUUCUUUAGUGAACUUGCAUAAUUCCUCAGUGUGAUUUUAUUUCAUGGGAACAGAAGUAUCUUAUGGUUUUUUUUUUAGCCUUUGCCCUAAAAUACUCAAAAAUGUGAAAAUAUAAUUGUCGAAGACAUUUAAACUAGAAAUGCAUCUUUAUAUGCUUGCAUAGGAAGAAAAAUUAAUAUCUUUUCAAUUCAUGCUCUUUCAUCUGUUCAGAGAGCCCCCAAAGUAUAACUAUUUAUAAUUUUACACAAAUACUUAAACACCUUUAAGAGCAAUCAAAGACAAUGCACCUUGACUCCUGCUAGUGACGUGCCCUGCACCAGCACCCCCUUGGCGACUCAGGUGCACGCCCUGCUGGCACGUGCAACUGGAAUCUCAACUAUCCAAUAUUCCCUCCACAGUUCCUCAUUCAGUGUGCUGCAGCCUGAAGGACAGAACGAGUGAGGGAACGCCUUUAAUCUGUGCGAACACGGGGAUUUCAAAUAGGAAUUUAUUUUCCAUAUCUUCUUAUUUUUCAUUAUUUUAUUCUCAUUGUUUUGAAAAAGUACCAGACUUUUUACUUGAGUUUUUCUGAGUAACCUAUUUUAAAAUGCAAACAUAGUCUCUUUAAUUGAGUAGCGCAGCAAAAGCUCUCUGACUUUCAGUUUUCUAUCUGAGAAAAUGUGGGGCUGGCCCUAUAGUUCAGUGAUGGAGUACAGGUUUAGCAAGCCGGAGGGAGGCCCUUGCUUUAAUCCCAUGUAGCAAAUAAAUUGCAAAAAUGUGGAGCUUUUGAUGCUACAUUUGUAAUUCAUGUAGAGUUCUAACUUGUUUGUGUGUGUGUGUAGAAACUAUUAUUUUCUCAAUGAAUGGUAUAUAUUUUGAGUUAAGUGUAAGACUUAAAAUAUGUAUUUUAAGCCAUUUUUGUUGGUGAAUUUUUAAAUGCUCGUACAACAACAAAAAGUUAAGAAUAAAAGGCCAUUUUGUCGGCAGAUACUUUAGUUUUAAUGUGACCAUCUCUGGCACCGUGAGCCACAAUUUAGACUGUUAAUAGGUUCGGUAAAGUAUUGGGGAAGGUUUUAAGGGGGUGAGAUUAUUAACAAAAGCUUGACUCUAGUGACAACUGAAUUUAAUGUACGGAGGUCACCUUAGUGCUAUCAGUCAUGUGUUUUCUUUUUUUACUUUGACCUAUCUUUCUAUCUUCUGAUUAUUAUUAUUAUUUUUUUAGUAAGACUUUAUAGCUGCUAGGUCAUAUAAUUAGCUCAGAAAUGUUUUCUAAUUUAAUUUAGUUAGAUUUUAAUUUGAUUAGAAAAGUUUUCUAACUUUAUUUCUCACUGAAAAUGCCAACAUGCUUUUCUUCUCUACUGAAGUUAAGACCAAGAAAAAGGAAUUUUAAAAAACUUAAUAGAAUAAACAAGAUUGGCAAACUUUAUCUUUACGAUAAAGAUCUUUAUUUUGCCAAAAUUCUAGGAUACUGGAAUAGUUACUGUAAAGACAAGGUGCACACCAGUUAAUAAAUAACAGCUGCUCAAGGGGCUGAGGAGCCUGGCAGUUGAAGGUUAGCCCAAAAUAUGGUGAGACACCGUCUCAGACAAAACAAAGUAUUUUAAAAUGCUUGUGGUGUUUUUGUUUGAUUCUUGGUAGCUAUAUUUUAUAGUUUUAGAUAACUUUUGAUUUUGUUCCCUGAGCUAAUUCUGGUCAAUAAUUUCAAUAUGAAAAAUAGGGACUGCUGUGUGUCAACUUUCUAGAGGUAGAACCCUUAGCUCUUGAGUGGUUUUUGUUCCACCCCUGUAAAGCUUUUUACUUCUGCUGGUUAUGUAAUGCCCUUGCAAUAUGCACAUUGAAAUCUUUGGAACUUUGAGGUUAUACUGCAGAACUAGACAAGAUCUUUUAGAGAGGUGCAUUUGCUUGAUAAUUGUGUCCUCUGGUUCUUUUAUUAAUAGUUUAAAGUGGAGAUCUCCCUUUAAAGUGUGUGAUUAGUGCAAACUAUGAGACAGAAGUUUGCAGUCAGAAGCCUGUCACUUGACACCAGAACUGCAUGAGGCUAUCUGGUGACUUCAUUAAUUAGAUAGAGCUGCUGUAUUGGUUUUCUUGUUGGAUAGAAUAACAGUUAAUCAUUUUUAGAAGAGUUUUAGAUUACUUGACAUAAAAUUUGUAUGUGCCUGAGCUCCUGUUAGUUUAGGAGCAAAGGAACUGUUAACUGGUCUCAUCCCUUUGGCGUCACUGACUUCAGACAGCCGAGAACCUGACUGGGUCAGCUCCGCCCAAAUCUGAAACAGUUAGCUGUUCUUUGCAUGUAGCUUGUGGCUAAUUGAGUCGAUUAAAUGUGGAAGGUUUUAUUUGAAAGCAAAAAGAAAAUGGUUUGCAUUGUGUUUUGUCUUUAAAAUGAAUUCAGUAUUUUUCUCCAAAAAGCCUAUUUGUAGUCCCUGACGACUGUCAAGAUAGAAAGUACUUCAAAAUUACUCUUAAGACUAAUUUUGCUGAGUGUUUUAAUCAGGAGUUGGUGGAAUAAACUAUAGGAAAGAGCUUUUUAAGUGAUAGUUAUCAAUUAAAAAGUGGUAGUGUGGUGUUUGUCUAGAGCAAAAAGACAUCAGAACUGCUCUGUGCAGUGAGGACAGGAGGUAGAAGUUUACCAGGAGGGCAAACUGGAGACUAGAAAUUCACGUCCAGACAGAUUUCUCCACUGGACUUCUCAGUCUGCUUGUUGUGUGGUAAUUAAUAUGCAGAAUUAUUAAGUAAAAGCUCAAACCACCAUAAACUGUUGGGCCAUAUCUUCUGUUCCCAGAUCAAGUAGAGUGAACUAACCUUUACAAGAAGAUGAUUUUGAAACUGGUUUGAGGGUUUAAAAUUUUUUUUUCAACAGUUAUUUAGAAUUUUGAAAGUAACAUGCAGCCUGGUGGUAGUGGCACACGCCUGUAAUCUUAGCAUUCUGGGAGACAGAGACAGGCGGAUUUCUGAGUUUGAGGCCAGCCUGGUCUACAGGGUGAGUUCCAGGACAGCCAGGGAUAUACAGAGAAACCCUGUGUCGAAAAAAACAAAUCCAAAAAAAAAAAAAAAAAGGUAACAUGCAUUGGUAAAAUGAAGUUUUAUGAGAAGCUUUAAAAAACAACAUGAAAAUAACUUUUGCAAGGAAAAGGUUAUAAGUUAUUUUUUUUCACAUUAAUGAGUUUAUUUAGGGAAAAGAGAAUUGAUAACUUUUGUAAGGUUAUCAGAUCCCAACAAACAUGAAAGUAGAAAUUGUUUAAAAAUAGAAGUGAAUAGAAAGACUGUCUGGAGGUUCCUCCCGUUUCUCUGAACCUCCUAUUGCUAGGUUGAACUUCUUCCUCUGACUUCCACUCCAUCUUUUACAGUAGAACUAAAUAAUAGGGGCGCUUCAUACAUAAAGGCAUGGGCUUUGCUUUUUUUCUUUUUUUUUUCUUUUUUUUUUUUUUGUCAAAAUCUGUAAUUUUUUUCUCUUGUAAGUGGGAACAUAAUUUGAAUAUUUGAAAUAUUAAGCGUUCAGUGUUUUGAAAACCUACUAUGUAGCAGAGGACCCAGUAGUCACCAUGUUCCCACUUGACAGUGUGGUGGAGAUGCAUUAGUCAGCUUCACAGGUGAGUGCCAGGCAAAGGGUGUAUAAAGAUGGUAAUCUCCAGUUCUCAGCUUAGAGACUUCCUGAAGGGCUGAUAGUUGAGCCAUUGGGAAUAGUCUAGGGAGGAAGAGUAAAGUGUGAAGUAGAAAGAAAUGAUGCUUUUGCCUAAAGUGGUAUUUGCUUCAUUAAUAAAACAUAUACUAAGUGCUGGACGUGUUUAGAGCAUUUAAGAUGAAUGGAUUCAUUUCCUUAAAGAUCUUAGGAGAUUUGUGUACUGCUAGUACUUACAUUUUAUGAUUCAGAUAGGUCCAAAGAGAGUUUCUUGAAUUCACAGCAUUAAAGUCGCUAGGUUAACCUGUACUUGGUAAGAUUAGGUGAGUAAAAUACUGGUGAUUUUCUAGAGAUGCACUGUUGUAGAGUCUUCAUCUCUGAAGUGGGGUGUUAGGGAUUGCUCUGAAGUAUGCUAUUUUUAAAUGAUGUGUAAACAUUUGCAUCGUUUCUUAGAAUGCCUUACUUAAUACAGCCAAGUUCAGUGAAGUAGAAAGGGAGGAGGCUAGAUGCUAGUCAUGCAGGGCUUUGUGGCCACAUUGAAGAUCGUGAUUACUACUGUGAAAAGUUACGGAAGCAUUUCAGAACAGAGGAGUAGCACGAUCAGAUGUUAAUGCAGAGAAGAUCAUGGAUUAAUGAAAGCGGACCAGAAGGCGUGCAGUCUCGUAAUGCAGCUAUGAACUCCCAAAGUGAGGUGUAGAAUGACAUGCCUGUGUGGUAGGAAUGCUGGAAAGACACAGUGGUCCCAUCUGAAAUGUUCGUUUAGGAACACUCAACAAGAACACAAAAGGCUAUUCUUCAUCCCAGUCAGAACUUGUGCUGUUUCUUAAAUGAUUCAAAGGAAGCUCAAGAUUAUACUGCUUAAAAUAGAAAAAAAUGACUAAUAUUAGCCAUUACUAAUAUAAAAUAUGUUGUAGAUGCCAAAUCAUUUCUGAAACUCAUGACACUACCAAAGAGAGAAAGUGUUGAUUUUUUUUUUAAAAAAAAGCUAUUCUAUUUUUAAAUGUAAACUUCAUGAAAGGAAGAUGUAACAUUAGAAUAAAAUACCAGCAUUCCUUCCCAGAAAAGACGAGAUGGGUGUAACCUAAAAGUAACUCAUUGUUGAUGUACAAGAUGUCCAAACUUGAAGCUACCCCAGUGCUCGUAGAGUUCUACACUCCACUCCCUGUCCCUUUCUGUCAGCUGAUUGGGCCCAAGGAAAGAGCUAACACAGGGAACCAAAUGGGAAUUAGUGGAGCAGAUGUAGGUAUUGGGAAUUUAGGUUGAAAGUGGGCAAAUAAUUUGCAUAUUAGAAGAAAAGUGUGAAAAUGACAGUCUAAUAAAUCAUUUUAAGAUGAACUUUCUUAUUUUAACCUCUGAAAUAAGACUGUAUCUUAUCAAAUAAACUUGACUUUGUCUCAAAAUUAAUGGAAAGCCUGAAUACGAGUUGCCAAGCCUGGUCCCUGGUUACCGACUCUGGUGUACAGUAUAGUCCAGAACAUUACAGCCCUAAGAUUGCAGGCAAGAGUGCACUUGAGAACCACUGAUACGCAUGACUUCUUAGUAAUGUUGCAGGCAGUUGUGGAAGCCCCGAUGCACCGCUCAUCAUCCCCAUACUGGUGUGCUGACAUACUCUAUGAGCCUGUCUCCUAUCUGUAUUUUAUACCUGAACUGAAGCAUGUAAUUAAAGUUGUGAUUUUUUUUACUAUGCUCUGAA